CUACAUCAUCCGGUUUCGUCACCAGUUCCUGUCCUUCCUGUGUCCUGGACUUCGGAUACCUCAACUCCCAGUACUUUGUGCUCAACUCAGGCCCAGAGCCAUGGCUGUCUCCUCUUCCUCUUGUGAGCUGCCCUUGGUGGCUGUAUGCCAACUAACAUCGACACCAGACAAGCAGCAGAACUUUAAAACAUGUGCUGAGCUGGUCAGGGAGGCUGCCAGACUGGGUGCUUGCCUGGCUUUCUUGCCUGAAGCAUUUGACUUCAUCGCACGGGACCCUGUAGAGACGCUACAUCUGUCUGAACCACUGGAUGGGAAACUUUUGGGAGACUAUUCCCAGCUUGCCAGGGAAUGUGGACUCUGGCUGUCCCUGGGUGGUUUCCAUGAGCGUGGCCAAGACUGGGAGCAGACUCAGAAAAUCUACAAUUGUCAUGUGCUUCUGAACAGCAAAGGAUCAGUUGUGGCCACUUACAGGAAGACACAUCUGUGUGAUGUAGAGAUUCCGGGUCAAGGACCCAUGCGUGAAAGUAACUCUACCCUGCCUGGCCCCAGCCUCGAGUCACCUGUCAGCACACCAGCAGGCAAGAUUGGCCUAGCUAUCUGCUAUGACAUGCGGUUCCCUGAACUCUCUCUGGCAUUGGCUCAGGCUGGUGCAGAAAUACUUACCUAUCCUUCAGCUUUUGGAUCUGUUACAGGCCCAGCCCACUGGGAGCCCUCCUCCUCUUGAGGGUGACGUAGGGCAGCAGGUCAUGACGAGUGAUGAUGCGCAGCAGCUGCAGCACCUGGCGAAAGUUACUCUCAUCACAGCGGCCCUGGCGCUCUAGCGCCAGUAAGAAGUCACGUCCACUUCGGAUGAGGCCGCGUUCAUGGUCAUCAAUGACAUCAACGAAGAGGAAGGAAAGGACACGCACAUCUCUGUGUGUCAGGUGGGUGCCCACGAUGUCAAACAUACGAUGCAGACUAUAUAGCCCAUGCUCCUGUUCACCUUGCUCUUCUGGCCACACCUGGCUUGCCUGUCGCUUUUGGCCCGCCAUGCUGGGGGCUCAGGUGUGCAGGGAUUUCCAGAAUUCCUGCUUAGCAGCUGUAAUCCCCACUGCACUGUAAGGACAAAAAAGAACUUAUGAUAUACCCAGUGGCAGGAUUCUUCUCUAUUCAUUGUGCCUACCACAAUGCUAAGCACAAUACAGUGCUAUAAGCAUUUAUUAAA